AGUGGGAGGUGAUUGGAAUAGGAUCAAACAAUUGAGGUGGGCCUCUCCCACACCACUCAUACAUUGGAGACAAAAGAGACACCCAUCUCUUCCCUCCUUCAUUCACUCGGCCAUACACUCAAGAGGAGAAGGAAAUCCCAGAAAAAUUACCAUCUUCCAUAGCCAAGAACAAGCAAGCUCAAGGAGGUCCAAGGGAAGGAUUUUUGAGAAGGAAAAACUAGGUGGAUCAAGGGACUUGAUUUAAGCAUUUUCGAACCUCGCCGGAGUUUCGCCAGAGUUGGUCAAAGUUCGCCGGAAAAUAGUCAAAGUUCAACCGGGAAGCGUAGAACGCGUGUGAGCUCACUUAAGUUUCAGGUAGGGAGUAGAGCUUGCUACUACCGCUCGUUGCUUCGGGGAAUUCAAGGAGGAAGGCGUGAAAUGGAGCCAAUUGGUAGAAUCACUAGGAGGAACCCGACGGGUCGUGUACCGGGUGGGUCCGAACGCGGCAGCCGGGGGUCCACUAGGGUGUCAAGGGGAAGGGGCCGUGGAGGCCAACAACAGACCGUGAGCGAUGGCCACGUGGACACCGAGAGUGAGACUUAUUGGUCCUAUGAGGACUCAACUUAUAGACCGGAGACCGAGCCAGUGGAAACCCCAUAUGAUGGGGGGGAUGAUGAUGUGAGUGAAGAGAGCGAAGAUGAUGGCACUCCUGGGAGAAUCGAGGCGCUGGUCCAACAAUACCGCCGGGAGCGUGAGGAGAGGAGACAACGCCGAAGGCGCCGAGCGGGGCAACCUUCGGGCAUGGCUUCAAGAGGGGGAAGUCAUGGUGCUUCUAGGGUCCAUGUUGAACCCCAUGGAGGCCAAAAUGCUGGAGGUCCAACCAUAAGGAUCUCCAAAUUUAUCAAGGAAGCAAGAGAUUUGGGAUGUAAACCGUUUGACGGGACGGGGGACAUCUUUGUGGCGGCCGAGUGGAUCAAAAGAUUCAACGAAGCGGCCCUUGACAUGCAGCUGCCACCCAACAUGAAACUGAGGGUGGCAAUAAGAUUGCUUGAAGGCAUGGCGUCCACAUGGUGGGACGGAGUCAAAGGGAAGUACGGCAAGGCC